CAUCGAUGUCGCGAACAUUCAAUUACAGAGACAUGACUUAGCUGGAUAUCGCGUGACGGACUAAGAUGUGUAUUUUGUCCACUCUUCCAGAUCGAAAUAUUUCGUUCGUAUUGUCAACCCGUUGUGCCGCCAGUUUUGUCAGAUUAAGUACACUCAUUUUCCUUUUAAUCAAAUUAAUUAUCGUUGUUUGUGUAAUAGAUCUACCAAAUUUGACGGUUAUCAGCUAUCCAAAAUCAGCAACGUUUCUUAUUUAUAAAGGAGAAUUUUCACCGGCCGAUGAUAUAGUGAAUGUUAGUGUUAUGAUUCCAAUUACUGAUCACGGAUCUGAUGUUUACGUAGCGCAAAUCGUUCAUUUAAAUGAAGGACAAGUACGACUUGGUCAAGAACUGAAAUAUACUCAGCAGAGUCUGAAUUCUACAAUUUCACGGGUGAAUAAUAUUGCAAUGGCUGUCAAUGCAUUAAAUGAUUCUGUUAUGUAUCUCGCAAGAGAACUUGGCGAAUUGAAACUUUUGUAUCAACAGUCAUUAUUGUAUUCCGCAAUGAAUGAUAUGUUAAACAACAGACCGACUUUAUCUUAUGUUCAUAACAGGGACAUGGAUGUACUGAUAGCUUCGGUGCUAAAUGAUACUGAUUUGUACAUAAAUACAACCUAUGCUGAGUAUGGUUUAGCACAAUUAUUGACUGAACAUCUCUUCUUCCAACAUAUUUCGUUCGUCUCAAGCAAAAACUAUAACACUCCAAAUAAAGACGAAAUAGGUAAGUAACUGCACAACACUAUUAGUCAUGUAAAUCAGUGUAUUAGUCUUGAGCAUCACUGUAAGAAAAUACACUAAUACAUAGGUGCCACGAUCUGAAAUUUUUUAGAAUAAUUCAAUUACAAGAAAACUUUCGUGAAAUUGUGCGACAUUAAGGGGGUCCCCCCACCCGUUCUUUUCCAGCAGUUUGUGGAGGACACUUCGAAGUAUACAUCUCAACAAAUCUUUCAGUUCCCAGAUUUACAGUUUUUGAUAAAAAAAAUUUUAAGUUUUUUUUGGUUUUUUGCCGUAUUUUUAAAAUUUCAAUAAAAACUUCAUUUUUUGAUAUGAAGAGUUGAUUCUAGCGUAGUUCGAUAGAGAACAUUAAUUUGUAUAAGGAGAAAAACUAGCACAACAAUAAAAUGUCCGGGUAAUCCCGGUUUUGACUUAACCGCCCCGUCGCUUCCCUCUCAGU